CAGGCUUCUCGGUGCCUCGAGGUCCUCACCUGUGAGAUGGGGGUGAUGAUUGCCACUGCAUAGGGCGGCCGUGAGGGUUCAGCCAGUUAAAUGUGUCUGAUGUCCCCAUCAGGCCACCUGGCACAUGUGUGGUGAUGGUCAACCCUUUAGUGGGCUCCAGUGUUCUUGGCCUGGAAGUGUGAGCUGAGUGAGUUGCCCCAGGUCUUAGCUGGUUCAGGCAGACUUCAGGUCCCAUGUCUCCCAGGUGCUCCCAUAGCCCUGCCCUUGGGGACAGAGCCCAAGCCUGUUUCCUUUCCCCAGCCACCUGCUGGGCCCCCAGGAUGUUCUUGGCUGCUGGCCAGGUGGACAUCACCAGGAGAGGGUGAGGGUCGAAGGGCAAUAGUCCUAGGCUCCAGACCUGUGUCUAUAAGAAGCACGGUCGAGGGCAGGGGCUGGGGAAGCCAGGCGCCCAGGAGACUCCAUUGUGUCUGAGACAAGGGCUUUAGGACCCAGAAUGCAUCCCCGUGUGCCUGGAGCCCACCCGCCCUGCAGGCUUGCCUGCCAGCCCCUUAGCAUGCCAGUGCCCAGGCCGGCUCAAGCCCCAGGCUCUUCUGCUGAAAGGCCCCAAGGCUACUUGGCAGUCUGCCCUCUUGGAGCAGCUCCAGGCCUGGCUUGUGGAACUGAAUGGGGCUAAGGGGCCCGUGGGCUAGGCCUCGAAUCACGGGCUGCCAGUGGCCUGAGGGGCCCAGGCAUCACCGGACAGAGAGGCCCGUGGGCCACGUGGCAGAGGCAUCGCUUCUGAGAACCUCGCCUGUGCCAGACCCUGGCCUGGGCCCACGGAGGCCACAUGCUGUAGGUAGCACUAGCUCCGUGUCGGGAAGCUCCCAGGUGUGUCCCAGAGAGCAAAGGGACUCUGCCCAGACCGCGGCCCCUGGCCCGCCGUUCCCGUUUCGCAGACCGGCCAGUUCGUGCUGCGGCCUCCUGGCGUCAUCUGCGGAGAACAUGUCCAGGCCCCCUGAGUGCCUGCUGCGGCUGCGCCGGGGAGCCCCGAGGCAGCGCGUCUGCACCCUGUUCAUCAUCAGCUUCAAGUUCACGUUUUUCGUCUCCAUCAUGAUCUACUGGCACAUCGUGGGAGAGCCCAGGGGCCAAAGAGAGUUCUCUAACUUGCCUGCCGACGUCCCCUGCCCCCGACUGGGGCCCCCUACGCUGCUCUCCAGCACCCCGCCUCCGGGCAACAUCUUCUUCCUGGAGACGUCAGACCGGACCAACCCCAACUUCCUAUUCAUGUGCUCGGUGGAGUCGGCCGCCAGGGCCCACCCCGGGUCCCGGGUGGUGGUCCUGAUGAAGGGGCUACCCGGCGGGAACGCCUCCCUGCCCCGGCACCUGGGCCUUUCGCUCCUGGGCUGCUUCCCCAACGUCCACCUGCUCCCGCUGGACCUGGAGGAGCUGUUCCGGGACACGCCGCUGGCGGCCUGGUAUGCGGCCCGUCAGCGCCGCUGGGAGCCCUACCUGCUGCCCGUGCUCUCCGACGCCUCCCGGAUCGCGCUCCUGUGGAAGUUCGGCGGCAUCUACCUGGACACGGACUUCAUCGUCCUCAAGAGCCUGCAGAACCUGACCAACACGCUGGGCACCCAGUCCCGCUACGUCCUCAACGGUGCCUUCCUGGCCUUCGAGCGCCACCACGAGUUCAUGGAGCUGUGCAUGCACGACUUCGUGGCCCACUACAACGGCUGGAUCUGGGGCCACCAGGGCCCGCAGCUGCUCACGCGGGUCUUCAAGAGGUGGUGCUCCAUCCGCAGCCUGGACGAGAGUCACGCCUGCCGUGGCGUCACCGCCCUGCCCUGCGAGGCCUUCUACCCCAUCCCCUGGCAGGACUGGAAGAAGUACUUCCAGGAGGUCAGCCCCGAGGAGCUGCAGCGGCUGCUCAAGGCCACCUACGCUGUCCACGUGUGGAACAAGAAGAGCCAGGGCACGCGCCUUGAGGCCACGUCCCGGGCGCUGCUGGCCCAGCUCCAUGCCCGCUACUGUCCCACGACGCAUGAGGCCAUGAAGAUGUACUUGUGAGGGGCCCGCCGGGCCCCCCUCCCCGCACCACCAGGCGCCCUGACGGAGAAGGGCUCCCGGCCACCUUUCCUGGCGCGGGCGAGACUGGAGGGCCCGGGAGAGGGAGCCCGGAGCUGCUGCAGCCUCGGAUUCGGACAGGCUUGGGGGAGCGUGGGGAGCUGUUGGCCCCAGAGGUGUGCUGGAGGAUGCGCUGCAGGCCCCCGGAUCCACUCCCUUCAGGGUGAGGCCGGUGGGACACCCCCAGGCCGGUGUGCUUUCUCAGGGUGGAGGCAACAAGUGGGGGGGGAGGGCAGCCGGAAUCAGCUGGAGUGAGCCAGGGGAGCAUCUGGGUCUUCCGGACAACACACCAGAGCCGUGCGCGUCAAAGCGGCUCCCAGGACGUCACAGGGAGGCCAGGCUGCUGGGGGCCGAGGUGCCCACAAAGAGAACAUGGAUGGAGAAGCCCCAGAACAGGGGUAGGAAGGAGAGGGGAGCUCCUGAGGGAAGGGGGGAGGCCGCAGGGGUGCACGCCCAGCCUCAUGAGCCUGGGUUGGGGGGGCAGGGUGCUUUGCUCUUCUCUGCCUUUGGUUUCUUCUUCAGAGGAGCGGGCCUGGGGAGCCCUCUGCGGGAGGCUUGCCUGCUCGCCCCGUUCUCUCUCCUUUCCAGAGACGUUGCAGGGGUGCCGUGUGCCGGGCCGGCCACUCCAGGGCGUGGCGGCGUGGAGUUCUUUUGGCUCAGGAAAAGCAUUUUAAGAAAACCACCCCCCUCCCUGCCCACAAUACACACGGGAUAAUAAACAUAAUAAAAGCAACUCCUUGACUCCGAGUGCUUGGUGGUUGAUAAAAGGAAUCCACU